GAGGUGCUUAUAGUGAAUUGCUACUGCCAUUACCAGCCAAGCAUGCUUAAGCCGCACCUUGUUCUAUCUCCAGACCACCAUCUACCAUGUCAGCACUGCCUAGCAUUCCAUGACUGAGUCCAACAGCAACCAGCGGAGGCCCAAAACUGACCUAAUCCGUGAAAACUCGCACCGCGGUCUGCGUGAAACAGUCAACCAUUCUGUUCUCUGGCACGGAGUGUAGACCUUCUCCCAACCUCACUCGCAGGUAUAUAACUAGCAUUAAAUCAUACCCUUCCCUUUUUGUUCCUCCUUUCCCCCAUUCGUUCGUGGGUUGUUUGUUUUUCUAUAAUUCCUAACGAUACUAGGUAUAGACCCUAGCAAUAAUCUAUAGACGAAGCUGUAGUUCAUUAAGAAAAGUGUCAUUAUAUCAACAUGUCACCGCCUUCUACAGACGUUCGUGACCACAGUAAACGCCGUUUCCCCCCACCCUCCAUCGACCCUUUCUUUUCCGGCUCUACGGGAACUCCGCCUCCCCCCUCCACGGAAGAAGAUCAACCAGAGCCUGAAUCGCAGAAUCAUUCUUCUACGGCCCAUCCUUGUGACACACCAUCCACUACGAGGACAUUCUUCUCCACCAACUCUGGCGACGAAACUAAUGACGCCACUGACACGACGAUUAUCGCUAACAAUGCCAUUACACGCCUUGUCGGUCUUCAAUCUGAGGCUGAGGAAGAACUGAUACUUCAAAGUAUCUUCGUGCCGUCUCAGGAGUCCGAUGGACGUAACGCUUCUGAGCUUGAAGAAAUGCCUGAGGGUUAUGCUGCUUCGCAGACGACGAGUACUCGCGCUACCGAGAAUGCUGGUGGGAGCCAGAGUUCUUUCUAUGACGACAGUUUGACUGCUCUGGAGGAGAUCUUGAUGGUACCUAUAAAGGUGCCGAAGGGGGACCGUGUAGUUACAGAACGUCACGUCAAGUUGGAUUAUAGGGAUGGUAAGGAGUGUCUCAGCUGUCUGGAUAGCCUUAGAGAGGCUGUGGAAAGCCAUCGGAUAAACCAGCACGAAGUUGACGUUGACGAGGGCGCGAGUGUAUGGCUGUGUGCUAAUGACGAGUGUGGUAGUUUCAUGUGCACUCCGUGCGCUGUUCAUUGGGCCAAUAGAGAACUUGCACGUUUCCGCCCUCCUACAUGUCCCCGUUGUGAUAGGUGUUGGGAGAUCAAAACCCUUGUCGACCAUGCGCGCACAUAUAAUCCUAAUGGCCCCGAUAGGCCAAUCAGACCCCCUCCCAUCAAUCGAUUCGUAGAUAAACAUGGCCGCUCCGACGAUCUCAUGUCAGGUAUGAUCAAGUUUCGGAACAUCUAUCGGAAACCUGAUGGCUCCGAAUAUGAUUCGGCGGAGGCAUACAUGUUUUGGCUCGUGAUCAUGAUUAACGAGAGUGCUGGGUUCACAUACCACGGUUCCGACCGUGAAAAGCACCUUCUUGAACGAGUUUGGGAAUCCUCGUACCAGGUUCACUUUGUAGACGAUAUUGACAACCGGCUAGCUGCCGAAUCAUUCAGUGAGGAGAGUAGUAGAUCCAGCAGUUCCGGCAAUCCUGAAGGCGAGCGUCAAUCAGUAGUUCCUCCACCGACACCCCCUAGACGUAUUUCGGGAAAUUAUGAAACUGAAGCUAGCCGUUACGCAAGCGAGGCCAUGAAUUCGGCCAAUUCGAGUUUGCGUUUCGCCCAGCCCACUGUUGACCAGCAACUUCCUGUACGCCAUAUGCGCUCAGAACCGGUCAUGCGACACCGUGCCCCUCUCCGUGGUCUUUCGCGCCAGCCCAAUUUUCAAAUCAGCCGUAACGCUUCUGGUCACUGCGCUGUCAGCAUCAACUCAUCUCCCAUACAGAUGAACGCCGCCAUUCCGGGUACAGCACAAACACAACCAACUCCUCCUACGUUCAGCAGGCGGACUUGCAAUUCCGGAUACUUUGCGUACGGGAGAUCCAACUUUGAGACCCCUGUUGUCAGUCCGUUUUUGGACAUGCUGGAAGGUACUUUGCGCAGAGUGGCCCAAGAAAGGAACUUUGACAACAAUCCCAGGUUGAGUGAGGCUUUGUAUUAUCAGCGUCUCAGCGGUGCUGUAGAACAGGCCAUACACGAACAUCCAACAGUGGCCGAUGAAUUUGGACAAGCAAAAAGUCCUAGAGAUCCAGUCCGUCCGAAAACGUCCUUUCUCAGAACUAUGGCCUCUGUCCCUGCCUUGGCUAUGAACAAGCUUAAGGCCGGUAGGAACGCCACUGCUGAGUGUUCUUUCCGUAAUAUGAGUAGGAAAUCUGCUGCCGAACCUCCUGUUCUUCCUACAACCGAGGUAGCUUCUGCAAUCACCAACGUUGGGGCUAACGACCCCAUUCCGGUAUCUCGAACCUGGGGCCUUCAUUUGACUAUGUCCUCGGUCGGGCGCUCUGUGGGCAACUUGCGAGGCAAUACGGAUUCUCAACCCUCUGGCGCCUCGCAACUCACUCCCAAUAUCUCGUCGCAGUCGCUUUCGGCUGAUGGCAUCACUACAACUGGCCUUAUAAACGGAGAUGGCGCAAUUCAUGUUCAGAGGCCAUCUAUGCCUCUUCGUAUACCCUCUGAUGCUAAAAAAAACCAUCACAGUGUGCCCUCUGCUAGGGGCGAUCGGAGGACUCCGUCAUCAGAAGCUCUGAGUGCUUUGAUCAUCCCGCAAGGCAACUCGGAUUCUGAUAGCGUUAAUACUAACUACUUGACAGCUUCCUCUGGACCAUCUGGCUCGAUUGGCAUGUGUGGCUCAACGGAUUCAUCUCGGGCAGCUGGUUUGUCUGGGUUAUCCCCUGGAUUCGGUAAUUCUGUACCGAUCUCCUUUUUGAGAAACGGAACCUCUGCGACGGGCCCACAAGCAACUUUGGCUUCCUCCAUUCAUACCCAUUCCGACUGUAUUUCGAAAUCUGAGCAAAGUGAAACCUCGAAACCUCGAUCGAAUGCUUCCAAUCAAGCAUUAUUUGGAGGAGCUGACUCGGGAUUUUUUACAUCCUCAGGGAGCCAAUUGUUCAGCGGUCCGGGAAGCGACAUCAAUAGAAUGGACUAUGGAAGAAUGGAAUCGAUGGCCAAUUCUGUGAACUCUGAUCAAGUACACUCACACGCUCACGCGCAUCUGCCUGGUGUAGACACGCUCUCGACAUUGACAAGUUUGAACACCGUCAGCUCUGCCAGUCUUAUCAGUUACGAACCGUGUCUUUCACGCCCAGACCAAAAUUCCCCUUACCUUCACCUCCGUUUGCCUGCGCCGCUGCCUCCCCCUCAAGGCCCCCCAUAUUCUCAUUUUCCCCUUCCAGACAAUCUCGGAUCUUUGCGCGAUAGGGAAGGAACUGAUGGCAAGAAGCGAGAACUGAAAGGUUUAUGGCGCAAGUUUAUGAAGAAGAGAUGAGUUGAUAUCUUGAAGUGUGUGUGUUUAUAGGAAGAUGGACUUCUUGGUUGUUAUCAUUGAAUAAUACGGCCGAUUAUUGUGAUUAUGAGAGUGGGAUGGAAUGAUUGGCAAUGUCUUUUUGGAUGUCUGAUUCGGACAUAUUGACCACUACUAUACACUAUACGAAGAUGAGA